CGCUUGAAGGAAAUUAAUCGGUUUGUGAUGUUUUGUCAACACUCGCGUAGACAGUAUGUCUUAUGAUAAAGACCGAUAAUAACGCAUAUAUCCGCUAUGAAUUCGAAUGAAGCAAUCGAAGUGCAUUUACAAAUUCCGUUUCCUAGCCGUCGUGAAGCAGAGAUAGCGUUUGAUGUACUACGUAUCGACAGCGAACCAAAACGGAGCUUCGUUCAAAGGUCUUUCGAAUUGCAAAAUAAUAUAGUGCUGCUUGAGUUAUCUGGCAAACAGGCAAAAAACGUUCGUGUUGCAGUCACAUCGUUUUUUGAAGCGCUGCUACUAUGCUGUGAUACGCUUGAGCAAUUUGGCGCACCCGUUUCGGAACAGUACGACCACUAUUAG